CUAGAGCAUUCGAGUAACUAUUCUCCUCUGAAUUAUGCGCCACAAAAUACCUAGAACCGUACCGAAGAAGCAGGAAGCUAAUUCAAGGAAAUUACUUGAUUUACAUUGGUCGGUCACGAAGAUAUUGGAUAUUGGAUGGACCUUGAAAAGUCGUGCGACUUUCAAGCCUGAUCUCGUGAUGAGUUGUAAUUCCAGUGAAGGGUCUUCAGAGAGCGAUCGGGAAGGGAAAAAAAGUUGCAAAAAAUCAAAGACGAAGGAGAAUAAUGAAUUGAUGGAAGUAGAUGGGUUGGAAUACAAAAAUGAGGUUUACAUUCUCGGUCGAUCACGUCCACUUGAGGAUGACGAAGAGCUAGUUAUGGAUAAAAGUGCUUAUAGAAUGUUUUUCGAAUUAGAAGUGGAGUCUCCAAGUCUCAGUUUUGAUAUUAUAACGGAUAACCUUGGUUUUGAUCGCUGUGUUGAAGUUAAUGGUGAGGCUCACAGUGUUUGCCUCAUAUCGGGUACUGAGGCACCUAAAGAUAAUCAAAACAAACUUGUAAUCAUGCGUCUGUCCAAUAUGUUGCCGUUCAAAAGAAAGGAUUCUAAUGGAGACACGGAUUCUGAUUCAGAGGACGAAAGUGAUUCUGAAGGAGAUCUUGAUGCGGAACCUGAUGUUGAGGCGGCUACUAUCCUACAUCAAGGUGCAGUUAAUCGAGUCCGGGCCAGACAACAUAGGGGUCGAUACCUUGCUGCAUCCUGGUCAGAAAAUGGAUUGGUUAGCAUUUUGAGUUUUAUUUUUAUUUAGCAUAAUAUUGCAGUAUGGUGAUUCAGUAAAUAUACAACUAAGUUUACUCGUUCUCGUGUUGUCUCCUUAAAUAAAAAGCCAGUAAAAGCACAUACGUAGCUGUCAUUAUGCUUGAUAGAACUUAUUAGUAUAAUACAAUUGAUAUCAUUUAGUCCAUCAGUCAAUUAAUUGUAUACUCUUCUCCUAGCUCAACUACAAUUAUUAACAGUAGUCAGUCAUGGCAAUGAGUUGUUAUCGGUUGUACAAAACGUUUUGUUUUUUGACUGGGUACUCCUUCAGCUUCUAUGUAUCGAAGUAAUUCUAACAAUUCUGAUUACCACCUUUAACACGAGUAACUUGUUUAGUUCAAUUUUCCCAAAAAUAUUGGAGUUUGUUGUCAUUCUAUUUGUGAUCUUAUUUCAAGCUUGACAGAUUUGAACAAAAUAUGGAGACAACUAAUUUACUGAACUUAAGUUUAUGUACUCAACCGUAAGUCACUUAUGAUAUACAGGCCAGCGAUACUAUCCGAGUGCCUAAAUUGAGGUAAAUAAUAAACGGAAGUAUUGGACAGUUUACUGCUUGAAUCAUCUUCGGUGUUGAAAAGGAUAUACAUUUAUAAUUUUAUUGUCACUCAUGUGCAUCAAUAUAAAGACUUCAUUUAUUAAGCAUGUUUACUUUUCCCGUUUAUGCUAAAUACUAAUCCAAAAACCUUUGACGGAGGAGCUUUUUAGUUACAUAGUAUUGUUGUUUACCCAGCAAUCAGUUUGCCAUUUAUGAGUAUGAGUUUUCAAAUAAUCUUUCGAUCUGAAAAAUAUUUGUUGGUUUUAAGUAAAUCACAACACUAUCUUCCCAGAAUCUCAUUUUACGUACCAACGAUAUCAAAAGUUUCGGUGUUAUAUGUUGAGUGGUAAUAAACAUAAUUAAACGGGUAUCUGUAAAAGCUAGUUAACACUGGAAACCACUCUUGAUUCUGUUUCAAAAAGGGUUCAUGUAACAUUACCUUAUAGAGGAGAAAUAAAUAGUAUAAUUCCAAAGCUGAGGCUAAAACCAGCCAUCGAAAAACAUUAUGGUGCAGAAUUAGUUAUCAGAAAAACAAAACCCAUGCUUUCACAUAGGCCUAAAAACUGUAUACACGUCACGUCCCACUGUAUGUAUGAACUCACGUAUUUGCUGCCACAUUGGAAGUAGUCGAAUGUUACAAUCAAAGGUGAUGAAAUUUGUGCCUAAGUAGCCUAAUGAUCAGUCGGUCUCAAAUGCGUGGAUGGACGCAGGGAGUUGAGGACCAUGCUCGUCAAUUGCAAAACAGCUAAAACGGGUCUUAGAAAUCGACCUUGAAACAGCUAUUAACGCUGUUUAUAGAAAUUAUCUAGAGCUCAUUCUUGAGUUUGUAACAACUUUGUUUAUUAAGAUAUGCAAACUUUUAUGUGUACAGAAACAGUUUGUCUUGAUCUGAAAUCUGCCUUGGUAACCUAAUUCGUUUUAAGGUUAAGGUUGGUUCGACAACUUGUUCUUUUCAUAUCAGAUUAUUUUUUUCCCUUUAUUUCUAGCUAUCAUUUUAUGUUGAGCGGACGUUUAUUUAACUAAUUUCCAAUUUUCAUAUAAAAUGCUUUGAUAAGUAUGUGUGACUAGAUUUUUCAAAAUGUUUUACGCAAAGACAUCAUAUUUUUCAAAUGAACCCCGUCUUCUCAUCACACUUUCCAAGUUUAUAUGAGAGACUAACAAUUUUUAAGAGAGAAAUUAAAAUAAUUGCCGAAAUGUUCGUAAAUCGUAUGUGAUCACAAUGUUCAAAGCCACCUCAAAUAAUCCAACUGGCAACAAGCAAAAAUAAGAUGUUUAAUUUCAACCUUAACUCAAAGUCUACCAGCUGAUUGUCAGUUUUUUUUCACAAGCCUGUUUUUUUGUUACUCUCCAUAUCAGUUAUACCCAUGGAUUUUAAUCUUCAUGCUUUGUUGAUAUGUAUAUUACUCUUCAUUACUAUGUUGCAUUAGUACCGUUCUAAUCGUCCGAACUAAUGAACUGAAUUAGUGGUACUGUAAGUAGUUUUUGACAGAUUAGUUAAAUAAACCUACUAGAAAAUCCUGCUCGAUUCCCUUGUGCAUAUUUUUUGUGAUAUAUAUAUAUAAAGAAGUUGCUUGUAAAGGUAGCUGGAUGACGUAAAGUUUAUUUUUCUUUACUUCUUAACCACAAUCAUUUUCUCUCAUUUAGGUAUUCAUAUGGGAUUUAACCAGACCCCUUACAGCUGUAAAUGAUUCAGCUGUCAUGGCUGAUUAUGUACGUCACAAUGAAUCUCCUUCACCCUUAUUCACAUUUAAUGGUCAUGGUUCGGAAGGUUUCGCUUUGGACUGGGGUACUCAUACGAAUUCUUAUGGACAUUUAGCUACAGGAGAUUGUAAUGGUCGUAUUUAUCACUGGACACCUAGAGUAAGUAGGGUCCUCACUUUUUAUUAUUAGCAGUCGUUCGUUAUCCAUGAAUAACUUUGCUAUGAUGUGGUUAUAUCAAUGUAAGGGUUGAAGUUAUUAUCAUCAAUAAUGCUGUUUAUAUUUAUCGACAUUUUUGAAUUUUAAGUUUCUAUUCAAGUUAGUUUUACGAAACUGUAGGUAGAUUAUUUAUUUAUUCAUUUUUUAAACAUAUAAAGAUUGAUACAAGGAGGCACCAAACAUAUAUGCUCCACAUAACCACCCCGGUUAAAGUUCCGAACAUUUGCUUUUCGUUCUCACAGUUCCGUAAACAACACCCCCGCCACGAGAAGGCAGUGAGUUGGACUUCCCUGGCAGUGGUUGUAUGCACGUAGCCAUGUGAGAGCAUUUCGAGAAGGAGAGCUGACUCUCUCCACUCUCGGCCGUACCAAGGCAUUGGGGACGGAUAUACACACGCUAUUUCUGUACAAUCCAAUACUUUGAAUCCCAUGAUUUUUAAACUCGAAUACUUUGUUGUUACCUGAAUAAUUUUAAGAGGCUAAUGUGGGAAUACAAUCAACAUAUAAAAGAGAGAAUUCUCUAAGUGAGGUUUCAGGUAGGAUUGUAGCUCUGUGGCUUUAUCUUUUGAGUAGAAGCUUUAUUUUCACUACUUUUUCUGUCCUCUUAGUACAUUAGUGCGUCUCCCAGAUUAAUAAAACAUAUACAUGGCAUCUUUGUUAAUUUGUAAUUUGUUGCAAACAAAAAAACAUUUCUUAAUUUUUUGGUUGUUGGACUACGAUGACCUUUCUAGUUAUGUGUGUUGGCGGUGGUAUGGUUGAUGAGAUCAAUCUACGCAUAGUGAAAACUGGAGCAGGUUAUGCAGAUUUGGCUUCCUCUUAGCUCCGCCGUGCUGUUAGUGUAGCUGCAAAACGUCACGUCUUUAAGGCGUUUUUGACAGCAGCUCCAUGCUUGCAAAAACUAACCUCUCUGAGUUUAGGAUUUUCGGCGAUUUUGUAUUCGAUCGUUUUUGUCUCUCAAGGAUUGCUUACAUUCAUUGGCUACACCAUGUUGGUAACCCAGAAGUUCAUCAAUACGUGUUCAGGCACAGUGGCGAUAACUCAAUUGAUGUCAACAUCCUGAAAUCUAGACUUGGGAUAUGUUUACGAAUGUCAUCCCUGUGACUUUCACAUUGUGCAGGAUUUACCAACUGUGGGACUGGUUGUGAAAAGCUGGGAGCUGUUCACUGAAUGAAAUCGUGCUGUGAUAUGAAAGAAAUUUGUAUAGGACUGGACUAAAGCUUCUAACCACACGAUUAAGAGAUGCGUAAAAUGUGGCAAUCAAAAACGCAAAAUAAUCUUGAAUAUGGUACUGUGAUUAUGAAAAUAUAUGGCGGGCAUGCAUUACAAAGCAGGAUACGUGAGUUGUCUACAGAAUCUUUCGUAUUAGUAUAAAUCAGAUAAGGAUGCUUCCUAAAAUGGAUAUAUAAAGGUUACUUACAACAACAUAGGAUAAACUAUUUGAUAACGAAUAGCUGUGUCGAAACUACAAAGGUAGACAACAAUCUAAAAUGGGAAUGAAGAGCGCUAGAAUGGAAACUGUUACAAUAAAAUAAAUGUUCAAUGAGUACACUAGAAUUGGAAACAAGUGUUAUGAAUGUAAAGAAUAUGCAAUGACAGUGAUAGAUAAAUUGAAGUUUAUUAGUUCGUAUAAAUACUUGGAUUAUUGAAACAUAUAUAAGCGAACAAUAUUUCUUUCAAUUAGAUCCUCAUCAGGACAUGCUCUAAUAUAUGGUAAUAUUUAUGUACAUUUGCGAAAUUAUUAAACCAAUUAAGGUGGUUUAUAAGUGAUAACAGUGGAAUAGAUAGACAUAAACAAAUGUAAUAAAAAACAAAGUACAAAUUGAUAGUGUGAUGAUAAGAAUAACAAAGGUUUGAGUCAGUGUUUCAUUAUAGGAAAUAGAUCAAUAACUUGGAAAAUAUAUACACUGAAAUAACAUUCACUGAGAAUUAUAAGACUACAUAAUAAGAAGUGUUCAGAUAAUCGGACAAUGAAGUGUAUAUUUGAAGAAAAAAAGGGAGUAAAGAAAACUAAGCGAAUAAGGAGUAUGGAAAACAACAAUAAGUAAAAUCUCUUGUUAUGGCUAAUUCGGCCAAGGAAAAUAUAACGGUGUUACAGAUUUCUUAUAAAUACAGAGGUUUAUUAGCUCGAAUCCCCCAUGGCUUCUGCUAUGUGUAAGGAACGUGAUCGAACCCCAUAAGGAAAACUAGUAAGAAUAUGGUAAAUCACUCUGAGUGACUUAUUUUUAUCUAAUUCAUGACCGCUAUCGAUCAAGUGUGGUAGAAAGGAACUGCGUAUUGUUUUGACGAUAUCCUGUCCUAACUGCGAAGGGAGAUGAAAUAUUACACAACUGUAAGACACAUUAACGUCAAAAGAUAUUAUAGUUGAAACUGGUUACUGAUUAUUAGCAAGUAGUGUAAUGUUAUGUAAUGUAAAGUUUUACACAAAAGGAAUUUGGCAAAAUAGAAAACUCAGAAUCAACAAGUGAGAUUUGUUGGUUCAUCACAGCUCUGAAGUGUCCGUUAGUUCAAUAGAUUAUCAGCCAUUUCCCGGAACAGAACCUAGUGGUGAUCCUUCUGUAGUUUAAGUUCAUAUUUUUAAAUGUGAGACGAACUUUUUAAACUAAAAGAAUUCUGAAUUAUCUCGUUUGGAUUUUUCACUGAACUAUGUCUCCUGUUGAUUACUAUUUCGUUAACUAUUUUAUUCACUUAUUUAUUUUUUCUCGUCAAACGCACAACCUUUUUCCUCUCAAUUUUGUCUAUGCUUUGCGUAGCGCAUCCUCUUCUUUAUGCCUUACUGUACCAGUUUUUAUGACCUUAAAGAUAUUUGUGUGCAGUUAAUCAAGGCCACACAAAUCCCAGAAUAUUGGAAUUAUCUUUAAAACUAACAAAUUAGGAAAUAUCAUAGAAACAUUUGAGUGAACAACCGAUGUAUGUUCAUAUCUUAAAACUGGGAGUUUAUCACCCACAACAGGAUGAAAUGCCCAGUUUGGAUAUGAUAAUCCAUGUCAAUAAGUCGUUUAUAAACAAUUUUUUUUUUUAAUGUGUAGUUAAUAAUAAGUUAUCUGAUAUAUGUUUAGACCAAAAAACGUUCUUGACACUGUCAACACAGCGAUUUGUUUUGAGAAUCGUUGUGGUAACAAACACGUCAAAGGACAGUUUGAUGGGAUUUGUUUAUUUAAGAAGCCAUGUACUGUAAGUUAGCCGUGUCAUUCAACCGACGACGUUUCAAAUCAUUCCAUAAAGUUCAAUUUUCAUCUUCACUAACCUUUAGUUUUGGAGCUUAAACGUUCUUUACAGUAGCAACAAUUUUGAUAUCAAGUUUAUUCUUGGUAGGGAGUUGUGAUCCUGCUAUCAACCAUUAUGCCUAACGGUCGAACCUAAUCCAGUUACUACUCUCCGGACACCUAAAUAGUACGACUAUAAUUUACACAAUUAAUCUGCCUCAUAAUAUUGUAUACCAAUCUACGUGAAUUUGUUGAUCUACAUUCAUUUAUUGAACAUAUUGAUGGGAGUAUAUAAUUUUUAGUUUAAUACUUUUAUUGAUUAUUCUCUGAAAAUGUUUGAAAUAUCCCUGUUAAUUACUGACCAUUUACUUUCUAGUUACUAAGUUUUCAUGUAAACUUGGUCAUAAAUCAAUGAUAAACCCGUGUCGAUGUGAAACAGUUGUUCUUUGAUGUUAUUUGUAGUAUGUUUUUUAGGUUGUAAACUUGAACACCAGUGUUAUCUGGGUCUCCAGCAUUUCCAGCUAUUUAUGCACUAACUGCACAUUGCGUCAAAGUAACCAAUAAAGUCUUCUGACUGGGCUGUAUCAAAUAGAGCUUAUUUAGGUCAUACAGAUUCAGUUGAAGAUAUUCAGUGGUCUCCUACGGAACCAACUGUAUUUAUCUCUGUUUCUUCGGAUCAUAGUAUACGUGUUUGGGAUGUUCGCGCACCAAUAUCGAGUGGAAGCAUGCUUACAGUCCCAGAAGCCCAUCCAGCUGAUAUAAAUGUUGCUUCUUGGAAUAAGUUGCAAGCUCUUAAUUUGCUAACGGGGGGAGAUGAUGGAACUUUAAGAAUAUGGGAUUUACGAUUAGUUUACAGUUGUUACAGUGGCAAAAAGUCAAACUAUGGAUCUGUACCUGCUUAUACGCACUUAUUUGAU